AUGAAACGACUCGGCCGCGAAGACAUCGGCGUCCGGGUGCCUGGAGAAGACGCAUACAUUGGAACUCUGAACGUGUACCACGAGAUCCAUUGCUUGGUAUGUUCUUUCACGAUCACAAUCAGCCGGAGUGAAGUAUAGAGAGCUGAUGAGUCCAGAAACGCAUCCAUCAGUACAUGUAUCAAGACACAUACUUUCCCGGGAUCGAUGACAAGCAACGCGAAAUGAACCGACUUCACAACGGUAAGAGAGGUCUCCCCUCUUCCUUGAUCGGAUCCGCUGAUUGAUAUGACACGCAGAGCAUUGCAUCGACUUUCUGAGACAGAGUGCUAUGUGUCAUGGCGACGUUGGCCUCAUCACCUUUGAGUGGAGUCCUUCGAAUCGCAUCCCGGUCGCCAACGCCACGACACAUCAAUGUGUCGACUGGAACCGGUUGGACAAAUGGACCAAACAGCGAUCGCUGGACAUGUUGAAGCCUGGCUGGCUAGUCCAUCCGACUCUUGGUAAGGCAUAUCCAAUCCGUGUGAUGUUCAUCAGAGACUGACGAUGACGUUUCUUGUAGGGCUUGCAUAUCCGCAGGGCGAAGGCGACAACAUUGGUGCUGCAGCUUCUCCGUAG